ACUUGGUCCUAAACCCAAAGCCCACUAGCCCAGGCAGCGAGCAGCUUGGUGGGAAAAUUUUGGGCACAACUCGAAUCUCCCUCUUUUAUUUAGAAGUAGAACGAGAGAUGGGUGUCUCCUUCUCCUGGUAACCCACUCAGUAGAUCGGCGCGUCCUCCCUUUUUGCCGCCACCAGAUCGCCCCGUCCUCCGUUAUCGGCUUCCAGUGAUACCCAUCUUCCUGAUCUGGGACAGCUAUCGGUUUUCAUGUCCUUAAUGCUUGUAGGUGUAAGGUGGGUUUAGAAGAAGAAGUAUAAAUGGAGCGAAAGCAGAAGUCAUUGGCAACUUCGAGUUCUCGAGCUCCAGGAGCUUGUGCUGACAGUGUUUUUAGAUUCUUUAGUCUUCCAGAGGAAGUGUCCCAUCACAUUCUCUCCUUCCUUCCUGUGAAAGACCUCAUUCGCUAUGGCGGACUGUCCAAGAAAUGCAAAGAUUUGCAACUGUCGACUCCGUCAUUGAACUUUGAGGGGUUUUUGCACCUGUCUAAUAAUAGGCAUUUCAGGUUGUUGAGUUGCUUGGAUAGGUUUUUGGUUCUUCGUGGGGAUAAUAAGAUACGACGCUUCCGUGUUGAUUGGAAUCUUGCUGUAGGGAAAACUGCGAGCUUGUAUAAUGAGCUUUACCGAGUGAUCACGUGGGUGCAUGUUGCAGUCAAGUGUAAUGUUGAAGAGCUUGAUCUCAAGUUGGCAAUUCCCGAUGCAACGAUGUUCGAGCUGCCUCUUUGCAUCUUUGAUUGUGGAUCCUUGAGGUCUCUAUUAGUGGAGUGCGAUAAAGUUCUAGCAACGCCUUCCGUUGCGUGUUCUACUAAUCUUCAAUACAUAAAGUUGAGAAAGGUUAAAAUCGAUGAGGGGUUUUGCAAAUGGAUCUCGUUUUCUUGCAAGUGCAUCAAGGAAUUACAUUUCGAAGAGGUUGAAGUGGAAAAUAUUACCAUUGAAAGCUUGUCUCUGGAGUCAUUUAGUUUUGUGUGUCCCUCUUACUGUGACCUGCGUCAACUUCAAAUCUCUGGGGAGAAACUUGAAGAGAUAGUUAUAGAGUGGAGAUGUGAUUUACCUAGCAGCACAUCCUUUAGUGUUUCAGCUCCAAACCUUACAUCUUUCAAAUGGACUGGGAAUUUGUUGAAUCACCAGAGUCUAGGGAAUUUAGUGUGUUUGGAAAAAGCAGAGAUUUUUCUGAGUCCUCCAGCAGAUGACUACAACUUUGACAACACAUUUGAGGUUCUCCACAGCAUAUGCAAGGUUAAAGUUCUUGUUCUAAGCGAAGAGACUGCUAAGGCUCUAUUUAGGGAAGGUCACAUUCCUGCACAGUUCAAUGAUAUUUCUUACUUGGGUAUGGAUAUUAAGAGCUGGGAUGAUGAUGUAGUUCCAGCAAUGGUCUCUCUUAUGAAAGGAAUGCCGAAUUUGAAUACUUUGAACUUGAAGUCUAACCAUUCCGUAAACAUCCCAAAGCCUGAGGAAUGCCGAUUUGAUAGGACGUACUGGAAAUCCCAAAACUUGUCUUUGAUUUUGGAGCUGAAGGAGGUAAUAAUAGAGCUUUCCGUUGGGAACAUUGAAUUGGAGUUAGCAAGGUAUAUCCUUGAGGAUGCUAAGAACUUGCAGAAAAUGGUGAUAAUUUAUUCACCACAGCAAUCAAAUCUUAUCAGGGGACUAAAGGAGAGCAAGAAGAAUUCCACCGCUAUCAUUGUCUUUCAGGAAAAACAAAGAAAAUGAAGGAAAAAACAGAGGUUUAAUACUUUUCUGAAGAACAUAUUAUGUUAGAAUAUGAAAACGACUGAAUGUUGAUAAAUGCAAUGAGGCUUAUGUGGCUUUAUUUUUGGGCAAAGGAUCCUAAUUCUGUACUCCUAGUUUGUAUGCUCUAAUAGAUUUGUUAUUCACUUGCUUUGA